ACAUAUGUUAGUGAUUAUGUCGACGCAGUUGGUUACAAGUUUCUAAAAAGAGUGACACUGGAAUUUAUCCUCAGGGCAUCCAAAACGUUUUGUAUCAGUAACGUCAACGUCUGUCGUUCGAGAACAACUGAUAAAUUUACCAACAAGUUCGGGAAGGUGAAUUGGCGACAUUCAUAAUGCUGUUUAAUUACAAACGCGUUAAUUUUUACAUCAUCUGUUAAAUAUUGGUGGUGGUAUAGAAAAUGGAUGUUGAUGUCAUUCCAGAGUCACUGAAAACGGAAAUAGAAGAAAUAGCUCUAAAAUCGGGAAUUGAUGUACGUGAUUAUGCUGCUCAAGUUGAAUCAGAGUUAACGAAAAUAGAAGAAUCACUUAUAAAGACAUAUAUAACGGUCAGUCCUGAAGUAGCUAGUUUGCAUAACCAAAUUAUCUCAUGUGAUGCUAUCCUAGAGCGGAUAGAAAACAUACUGACUAAUUUUCAUGAAGAUUUGGGUGCCAUUAGCACAGAAAUUCAGGAUUUGCAAAGCAAAUCUCUACAAAUGAACACUCGGUUGCAAAACAGACAGGUUGUUCGGAGUAAUUUAAGCCAGUUUCUUUCAGAUAUGGCCAUUCCUGAAGAGCUUAUACGACAUAUCAUGUACACUCCUGUUACUGAACAAGAGUUCCUUGAAAACCUUCAUGAAUUAAAUCAUAAAAUGAAUUUCUCCUUAGAGCAAUCUAUGGUGGAUUACAAAUCAUUUAAUGAUGUUAGUGUACUUCUAAAAAAGUUGAGAAUUAAGGCUGUUACAAAAAUCCGGGAAUUUCUGUUGGGUAAAAUAUACUCCUUACGUAAGCCACUUACAAAUUAUCAAGUUCCUCAAAACCAAAUGCUGAAAUUUCGAUUUUACAAUUCGUUCCUCUUAGCUCAUGAUCGAGAGAUAGCUAAAGAAGUUAGGGUGGAGUAUAUCAAUACGAUGAGUAAAGUUUACUACGCCUAUUUUAAAGCUUAUGGUGGUAAAUUAACCAAAUUACAACUUGAUACAACUUAUGAAAAAGAUGAUUUAUUAGGGAAAAAUCCAGAUAAAUACAAUCCUGUAUCAUCUACAUCCAGUCUGAUGUUCAAUUCAAUUACUAAUGUUACUAAUAAUCCAACCGUAUCAGUGUCUUCUAAUUCUGGAACACGUGUUGGACUUUUUGGAUUAAGUGAUCGUGCACUUCGUGUACUUAGUAAAUCGAAUCUAGAAAGUGCUAUUAUUUUACCACAUGUGGCCAGCAACGUGGAUGCUAAAUACCCUAUUGAAGUUUUAUUUCGUUCCAUUCACUACGCGCUUCUGGAUACUGCAUGUCGAGAAUAUUAUUUUCUGUCAGAUUUCUUCCUUCUUAGCACGGAAACUGAGUCUGUUGAUUCACCAUUAUCUUGUGAUCAAAGUACACCCAAUCAAGGUCGAACUCAAAGUGGUGUAGCCUUAGCUCAUUUAUUCGAGCAAGUUAUGAGUCGUAGUUUAAGUUGGAUACAUAAAUUUACUGGGACUUUCAUGAUUUCUUCUUGUUCUCAUGAUGCGAUCGGUUUAUUAAUUUGUCUCCAGCUUUUACAUGCUUUGCUUCGUCUGGCUAAAGAGAGAGGGGUACCUGUGUUGGAUGAUUUUUGGGGUAAAAUGACUGAGACUUUGUGGGUACGUGUUACUGAUAGACUGGAUGUACAUAUAGCAUCCAUGCUGCAGUAUUUGGAUGUCAGCAGUUUUAGUACAGAUGCUCGUGAUAUUAUGAAGUCCAAUUUAUCCACCCUAAAUGUCAAUAUACCUACAAAUGCUACCGGAAAUACCGCUGUCAGUUUACACCCUAAAAUGUAUGCUCUUAUUCGUCCUCAUUGGAUAGCCAGACGUUAUGCUGAAUUAGCUGCUAGCCUACAUUCAAUCGGACAUCAAUUCCCUGGUACUCCACUUUUUGAUGACAGUAUGAGCAAAUCUAAGAGUUCAGAGAGUUCAAAUUUACAGUACUCUUUACACAAUGAACCAACAUUUCAACAAAAUCUUGCAAAUUUGAAGCCUGCUUUAGAUCCUCGUAUCCUUAGUCGUUUGGCUCAAUUGCAAAAUCAAUUCGAACAUGUACUGAAUUCUCUAGCCAAAACAUUUUCACGUCCAAAAUUAGCACACAUAUUUUUAAUCAACAAUUAUGAUUUGGUUAUAAGUGUACUAACUGAACAUGGAGCUGCUGAUUCUUCCGAGGUUGUUCGAUGUCGUGAAGCUGUAGCGAAGCAUAUGACAUCAUAUAUCGAUGAAGCCUUGUCACCUUAUUUUGGUUGUCUGAUAUCUUUUGUUCGCGAUGUUGAAGCCAGAUCAACUAGUGAAGGUCAUCAUCUGUCGAAAAAUCAAGACGAAGUGACCCAAAAUAUUCGUAGUGAGGAAGCUCGGGUAACACGAAUAGUGAAGGGUUUCAAUAUUGAUUGGAAGAAUUCGAUUGAAAAGAUACAUGAUGAAAUCAUGAUGGAGUUUGCCAAUUUUACCUUAGGAACACAAAUAUUUCAGGGUUUACUUGCUCAACUUAUUCAACACUACCAUCGUUUUCAAAAAGUGAUGACACAAAGUCCCUACAAAAAUAUGCCUAUACGUAAUCAAUUGGUAAAUAUACAUCAGAUUACAAAUGAAAUGAAAAAGUGUAAAACAAACUUUUCUUAAAGUUAAUUGAAUACAUCUUGCAUAACAUUGUCAUCAUCAUCAUCAUCAUCAUCAUUUUGGUAAACAUUUCAAAUCAUUCCAUUUUGUCGUUUUGGUUCUUUUUGUUGAGUUGUAUUUUAGUUAUUUUGUUCUUUACCUAUGUAUAAAGUGUUUUUCUUGCUACAACAAUGUGCUUUGAUGAUUUAGUUGUUGUUGGUGUUUAUGACUGACGAAUCUUUAUUUUCCAACCUCUAUUCUCAUAGUAUGUAUUCAUAUGUUCUUUCCUUGUUCAGCUUUAUUUACGAUGUGUUUUAUCAUCAGUAUUUUUAUUUUGGAAUAAUAGUUUUUAAUUUUUUGUUUUGUUAUUUAUCUUUGCUCUAUAUUUCCACUUAUCUUGCUUUGCCCUACUAUUUGUGUUUUUUUAACUGUGGUUGUGCUAGUGUAAUAUUUUUUGUUAAAAAAAAGAACCAAUGAUUCAGCU